AUGCCGGAGGCAGCGAAGCCCAGCACCACGCACGCGAAAUCGAAGCCGUACCCGCAGCUCAAGUCCAGGACGGAGAAACAGUGUGGACGAAUGUUGGUACCACAAACCUUCGGUGACCGAGCCCGCAAGUGCCACCCUCCCUGCAGACGCAAUAAGGCCCCAUGGAAACGAAUAGACCGACAGGCAGCGACGACGAUCCCUGUCGGUACUCGCUCACACAGUCGUCUCUUCUACGUGUGUGACCGUAACAAUGGCCUCAAAUUCCUGGUUGACACUGGCGCAGCCAUCAGCGUAAUACCACCCACCAACAGAUCCGCCUUGAAACCCACCCCAUUCCAACUUCGAGCGGCAAACGGCUCCCCCAUAGAAACCUAUGGGAACAAGGAACUUACCUUGAACAUCAACCUCAGGCGCGACUUCAAGUGGUCAUUCACCGUAGCUGACGUCAGGAUACCCUUGCUCGGUGCCGACUUCUUGGCACAUUACAACCUGGCUGUCCAUAUGAAGACGAGGACCCUGUCCGACAACAUGACAACCAUCAAGAUCACAGGGAUCCCAUCGAGCUUCAACACAACUAGGAUCAGCGUGGCAACACAGCACGACCCCCACUACGUAGAAAUCCUGCGCCGGUACAAGCACCUCACGCAACCCAUCAAACCAACUGAUGCAGGCGACCAUCAGACCCAACACCAUAUAAAGACCACCGGACAACCAGCAUAUUCACGGCCACGACGACUCCCUCCACACAAAUUAGCAUAUGCCAAGAAAGCGUUUGAGGAGUUGCUGGCCGACAAUAUCAUCCGACCCUCAGACAGCCCAUAUGCCUCAUCACUGCAUCUGAGUCAAACCAGUCUUUCUGGAAAAAUCUCCACGGGAGGCAGAACCCGUCUCAACACACCCAGAACCCUCACCUGCCUCAACAACCACGCAAUCGCAACCAUCACAACCGAGCGUCACCGCUUUCUCUUGUAUGAACCGUCAUAUCUAGAUGCCCGAGACUUCGCAGCGGUUUUUAGCCGGCCCGGGGAGCAGGAAGCCUUCCUGAUUCGCGACUUUGACGCGCCCAGUCAAGUCGACCAAGCCCAGCAGCUGACGGGACCCAGCAGCAGUAGCAGCAGUUGCUCCACUCAAUUCACUCUUCGCUACUGCCUUCCCUCUGUGAUGCCAGCUCACUCCUGCAGCUUCCAGCACUCCUGCAGCUUCCAGCUCUCUCCUGCAGUAUCCAGCUCACUCCUGCAGCUUCCAGCACUCCUGCAGCUUCCAGCACUCCUGCAGCAUCCAGCUCUCCUGCAGCUUCCAGCACUCCUGCAGCAUCCAUCUCACCCCAACAGCUUCCCAAAUCAUCAUAUUUCCGUGUAA